AAAUUUCAUUGGGAUCGCGGUCCACCCAGGUGAGUUCCAACUUCCAACUUCCAACUUCCAUCUACCCCAAACCACCCGUUUCGAACGGGUGGAAAGUAUAAAUACCCAUAAAAUCUUACCAGAGAAAACGACAGUUGCUUUCACUCUGUUCAGUGAAAUCAAACAUCAACCCAAUGUCGACGUGCUUGUCGUCCUCCUCCUCUGGAUCUUGGAACAGCACAAAGGCAUGGAUCGUCCACGGAAUCGUCGCCGGAGUUGCGGUUGCGGUGGCAAUUGGGGCCCGGGUCUACUUGGGUCAGACUAAGAAGUUCCGGAGCCGGGUCGUCGGCAUCAUACCCGCCCGCUUUGCUUCUUCUCGUUUCCAGGGCAAGCCCCUCGUUCAGAUCCUCGGAAAACCCAUGAUCCAGAGAACAUGGGAAAGGGCAAAACUUGCAAGUACACUGGAUCGUGUUGUUGUGGCAACAGAUGACGAGAGGAUUCGAGAAUGUUGUCACAGUUUUGGAGCUGAUGUCGUAAUGACCUCAGAAUCCUGCCGGAACGGUACCGAGCGUUGUUCUGAAGCAAUUGAGAAGCUCGAGAAGAAGUAUGAUAUAGUUGUCAAUAUUCAAGGGGAUGAGCCUCUUAUUGAACCUGAGAUAAUAGACGGAAUUGUUAAAGCUUUGCAGGAAGCUCCAGAUGCAGUGUUUAGCACUGCAGUCACGUCAUUACAACUUGAAGAUGCAUGGGAUCCAAAUCGAGUGAAAUGUGUGGUGGAUAAUAGUGGUUAUGCCAUCUAUUUUUCCAGGGGGCUGAUUCCAUUUAACAAGUCAGGAAAGGCAAAUCCACAGUUUCCCUAUUUGCUUCAUCUAGGAAUUCAGAGCUAUGAUACAAAGUUUCUAAAGAUAUAUCCAGAACUUCAACCUACUCCUUUGCAACUAGAAGAGGAUCUGGAGCAGCUUAAGGUCCUUGAAAAUGGGUAUAAGAUGAAGGUGAUUAAAGUUGACCACGAGGCUCAUGGUGUUGACGCCCCUGAAGAUGUUGAGAAGAUUGAAUCUCUAAUGCGCGAAAUGAACUUGUCUUAGGAGUUCCUUGUUUGCAGCAGUAAAUCAGACCACGGAAAAGAAAAGAUAGGUGCUUGGAUGGGAGUGGACGUAGGAGCAGGGAGUGUUGCGAGGAGGGGAAGUAGUAUCAUCAUCUGCUGUGUUGCAGUAGUGAAGGGAUCAGACGUCGGUAUGGUAUCUGCUAGCCUGGGGAAUGGUGGAGUUGGCAGUUCAAGGUAUGUUAGACAAUAGAUAUGGCAUAAGUGAUAAGCCAUUUUCCCUCUCUGCAAGUGUUAACCUCACCUGUGUGGGAUUAUGAAAAGGAGGGGCUUUCUUUUGCUUUGCGUUGCAAGGGAUAGAGGGAGACUUAAUUUAUAUAUUAGCCUUAUGAGUUUACGGACCUUCUAAUAUUUCGUAGCCGGCCUGGAAGUGAUUUUCCGGGAACAGGAAAGGUAAUUGAGAUUAGUCUCUUAUUGGUUGAUCAUCCUCUAUAUAUUUGAUGAAGCUUCAACUGGCUUCUACUAGACAACCCCUCAUUUCUUUAUGGUAAUUGAGCUUCAUCUCUAAUUGUUUAUUGUCUGAUUAGAUUAUUAUAAUAUUUGGGUCGUUGGAUAUGUUGGAUUUGAAUUGAAUUUUUGUUUUCAUUUUUCAUGGUGAUGGAUUUUCGAAUGAAAUGCACUCAACCCUAAAUUCCAGUGGGGGUGGCUGAAGCAGCUGCCGGAUAUGACUUAUGGCAGCCAAGGUUCCCUUAUUGUCAUGCUUUUAGUUUUAUUAAAUAUGACAAGUUGGUAUAAAUAUAUAUGUAUAUAGAGAACUUACAUCUCUUGAUAGAUUGUGUUGCUAGAUAGUUUUUCACGUUCCUGCUCAAAAUAAAGUUUAUCAUGUUAUUCUGUCCAACUAUUGAUUUGGAACAACGUUAUGUAAAUACUUUUCACACACCAUACUUAUAACACAUUAGUCCUGUAUUUGAAGACUUAUAUACAAUACUUAUAAUUCGGAUGAAGAGAUCCUGAUCUUUGUUUUUGGGAGUUUUUUAUGCUCUGCUUUUUGAGCGAAUCUUUGUUUAUCAUUUUUUAUCAUAACAUGGUCAUAUGGUGUUACUGUCCAUCCUUUUAGUUGUUAAAAUCUGCUUUUUUGAGUUGUACAUAGAACUCAUAACGUAGAACUAGAAAAAUGCAGGUGCAGAAUGAACGACUAAUCAAUGUGAGAGAAGGGUUCAAUUUUAAAUGGGUUGUUAUCAACCAUUGAAUUGCUUUUGGAGUUUUCAUUUGAUAAGAGAGAUGGGGGAUUCUUUUGGGUGAAACUUUUAAUCCGUGAGAUUUUUAGUUAGGUUGUGUUGUGGGUUUUUGCAAAUUUCUAUCGUGUUUAUGCAUGCAUUUUUUGUUAUAGAUUUGGAAGAAAAUAGCAUUACAGGGUGUUGAGGGUUUGUUAGUGGGGGAAGGCAGCAGCGUUAAGAUUUUGCAGGUGAGAUAUUAGGGUGAGAGAAAAAGGGGACAAAGAGCAUCGAAGACACAUUUGGGAUUAGGGGUAGCAAAACAGGGGAAAAGAAUAUGACAGAGGAAUGGACUCUUAAUUUUUUCUUAACUGGUUUGGGAUUUUUCUUGCCUUUGGGGUUGUCAUUGGCGUCAAGCAUUUGGUGUCAAGCGGUGUCUGUUUUUUCAUAAGUUUUAUUACUAAUUUUUAUGUCGUUUGCGAUUUUGUAUCCUAGGAUUUUUUAAUUUUAUUGUUCAUUAUCGGUUUUUUAAAAAAAAAUUUGUCUUUGUUUGUUUGUUUUAUAUGUUGUGUUUGUGCUGGGACGCUGUUUUGCAAGUUCUCCUUCCAUUGGGACCGCUGCAUUUUUAAAGUGUUGAGGGUGAGAUUUAGAUGCUCAAAACACUCCAUUUUUUCCCAAAUAUGCGCGUUUGGUUCUCUUCGGUUUUAAAUGUUUAAAAUUAAAUGGUUGUUUAGAUAAAAUGGUUUAUUAGUUUAUCUUAUGUGUUGUGAUCAGGAAUUCAAUUAGAUUGGGUAAAAUGCUUUAUCAAUUUACGUUAUAGGGAAUUUUGUGUAUUAUGGUCUGUGAGUUUUAUUGCUCAUCGUUUGUUCUUUUUUCUUUGUUUGCCGGUUUCUUUUGCAAGGGAUCACUACAGUUUGGGAGUCAAAAUGACCACACUACCCCAUCAAGGGUUCAGAUCUUGCCGUCAGGUGAUAUGAGAGAGGGGGUUGGAUGGUAAUUUUGUCCAUAGGGUUUCGGACGGAUUGGGAUGGGUCAGGCACUUUGUUCAUUUAGUUUGUUUCUGAGAGAGAGAGAGAGAGGGGUGAGGAUGUCAGUGUCGAUCUUUGAUUCAGUGAGUGAGAGUGUGACGGUGAAAGAGAGGGGGAUCAUCGGGAUUUCAGGGAGAGAAACACAGAGAGAGGGGUGAUGGUGAACAAGCGCGAGUAUGGUCCCUUAGUCCGGGAGUCACUCUUCAUUGUCCAUACUGUAUUGCAUGCUCAGAUAAGUGUCUUUUUCAAUUACAUUUUGUACUAAAAUCUGUUUUUUUUUAUUGUUUCUUGCAUUUAUAUCUGCGUGAA